AAAUAGGGACAGGCCAGUAACCAACCCAAGAAAUAGAUAGAUAAAAAUAUUUACAUUUGGUAACAUUCUCGCCGGAAAACGAGCGAAGAUAAGAUUUUCCGGCGAGCUAUCUGAGAUGAAGGUUCAUCGGCCGAAAGGUGAUAAGCGGAAGAGAACGAAGUCGCGAUUGGUCAAGUUUGAGGAAUUGCCGGAAUAUUUGAAAGAUAAUGAGUUCAUAUUGGAUCAUUACCGGUCGGAAUGGCCGGUGAAGGAUUCUUUGUUGAGCGUUUUCGCAUGGCACAACGAGACGCUGAAUGUUUGGACUCAUUUAGGAGGCUUUUUGAUUUUUGCGGCGAUGGCGGUGGUGAGUUUUCCGGCGGUGGCGGAACACGGAGGUGGAGGAGGAGGGUUUCUCUCUAAAAUUUACAGGAACAGAGUAGGAGCCAUGGGAAAGCAGAUCAACGGUUCUGAAUCUCAAAACAAAGACUUUCAGGAUUGGCAUUUGAGACAGAUAUUGGAAGUAACCAUCUUUGAUGGAGUGACCGAAACAAUUCCAAGAUGGCCAUGGUUCAUUCUCUUAGUUGGAGGAAUGUGUUGCUUAGCAUGCAGUUCUAUUUCCCAUCUUCUAGCUUGCCACUCCAAACGCUUUAACCUCUUUUUUUGGCGUCUAGAUUACGCCGGAAUAUCAAUUAUGAUAGUAUCCUCUUUCUAUGCUCCAAUUUACUACGUAUUUUUCUGCAAUCCAUACGCAAGGUUACUCUAUUUGACAUCAAUAUCAGUCCUUGGAGUAAUAGCAGUAAUAACCCUUCUUUCCCCGACACUUUCAGCACCUCGGUUUCGAACCUUUAGAGCAUCUUUGUUCCUUUCAAUGGGAUUUUCAGGUGUUAUUCCAGCAGUUCAUGCUCUUGUAAUCAACUGGGGUCACUCGCAUAUUGUAGUUGCAAUUGGAUAUGAGGUGAUAACAGGGAUUCUAUAUGCCACAGGUGUUGUGUUUUAUGUGACUAGAAUACCAGAGAGAUGGAAGCCUGGAGCAUUUGAUCUUGCAGGACAUAGUCAUCAGAUAUUUCAUGUUUUUGUUGUUCUUGGGGCACUUGCACAUAGCACUGCCACACUUGUCAUGAUGGAUUUUCGAAGGGGAUCACCCACAUGUGCAUUUUAGUUUAUCAUUUUUGUAUUCUUCUUUCUAUGGACACUAGAUGCUGUUUUUAAACUUUGCAAAUGAAACUAGUAACAAAUAACAAAUUUGACUAUUUUGGAUUCCCCCACCCCUCACUUUCAGAAAUGAAAUGUUUUGUUAGAUAAUAUAAUUCAAACUUUUUUUAAUAUUAAGACAUGUUGAUUUUUAUGUUUU